ACAGGCCAUGGAAAUUUGCGAGAAGCUCUCGUAUAAACGUGUUCUCUCUCUUUCCAUCUUCCCGUCUUUUUUUUUCUAUUUUUGUUUGAUGCACUCAAUCUCCAGGAGCCAUUUGAUGAGGAAGUAGGAGAUCGGCCCUUAUUUCCGUUCUCCGAUCUCCCUCCUCCGGCUCCGGCCUCUCUCUAUUUCCGGCAUCAGAUCUCGAUCCAUCUCUCGCAGAGAUAAACCAAUUGCGACAUUGAUCUGAUGUCCCGUUAUCCAGUUGAAUUCCCAGCCCUCGGUUUCAUUCCAGAAUCGCAGUAAUCAAGCAGGAUUCUGAAGAUAUUGGUUCUGGUUUGACAAGUAUAUGAGUAUGAUUUCGCGUCAGGUCAUGCCGGCGUGCGAUCAGCUCUGCGUUUUCUGCCCGGCAAUGAGGCCGCGGUCACGGCAUCCUCUCAAGCGGUACAAGAAGAUGCUGGCGGAUAUCUUCCCUCGCACUCCUGAUCAGCAACCAAACGAUCGAAUGAUCAACAAAUUAUGUGAAUAUGCUUCAAAAAAUCCACUUCGUAUACCCAAGAUUACAACUUCGCUUGAGCAAAGGUGCUACCGGGAAUUAAGAAAUGAGAAUAUUGGAUCUGCAAAAGUUGUCAUGUAUAUAUACCGGAGGUUGCUAACAUCUUGCAAGCAGCAAAUGCCAUUGUUUGCAGGGAGCUUUCUCAGUAUUGUACACAUACUGCUGGAUCAGAUAAGGCAUGAUGAAUUGCGGAUUGUGGGAUGCCAUGCACUUUUUGACUUUGUGAAUAAUCAGGGUGAUGCAACGUAUAUGUUUAACUUAGAAGGGUUAAUACCAAAAGUCUGCCUUGUUUCACAAGAAAUGGGAGAUGAGGAAAGAGUACUGCGAUUACGUUGUGCUGCCCUUCAAGCCCUCUCAUCUUUGGUUUGGUUUAUGGGUGAAUUUGGUCAAAUGUCAGCAGAAUUUGAUAAUGUUGUUUCAGUUGUAUUGGAAAACUGUGAAGCGAAAGAGGAGAAACUCGACCAAGAUAUACAAAAUAACCAGGAUGGUGGUGCUGGUCAUGACCAAACUAUAUCAUCUGAUACAAUGAAAAGAGCGACUUCUUGGAGGAACAUUGUGACCGAUAGAGGACUUAACGUGGCUGUAGAAGAUUCAAUGAAGCCUCAAUUUUGGUCUAAGGUGUGCUUACAUAACAUGGCAAAGUUAGCUAAGGAAGCAACAACCGUUCGGCGUGUUUUAGAGUCCUUAUUUCGUUACUUUGAUAAUAGCAAUCUAUGGUCGCCUCAAAAGGGGGUUGCGCUCACUGUUCUGCUAGACAUGCAAUGCAUUAUGGAGAACUGUGGUCAUAACACACAUUAUUUGUUGUGUACAUUAAUCAAGCACUUGGAUCACAAGAAUGUGAUAAAAAAUCCAGAUAUGCAGAUAGAUAUUAUUGAUGUUGCCACGGCCCUUGCUCGGGUGACAAAGGUAGAACCAUCUGUGACAAUUGUGGGUGCAUUUAGUGAUAUGAUGAGACAUCUCCGCAAGAGCAUACAUUGUUCCAUCAAUGACACAGACCUAGGGGAAGAAGUAAGGAACUGGAACAGAAGAUACCGCGCUGCAGUAGAUGAAUGCCUGGUCCAGUUAUCUUAUAAGGUUGGAGAUGCAGCCCCGAUUCUUGAUGUGGUUGCAGUGAUGUUGGAAAGCAUCUCAAAUAUACCAGUUAUAGCCAGGAACACAAUGACUACAGUAUACCGCACGGCUCAGAUAGUAGCAGCCUUGCCCAAUUCAGCAUAUCAAAACAAGGCUUUCCCUGAGGCUUUGUUCCACCAAAUACUGUUGGCCAUGGUCUCUCCCGACAAUGAGACCAGGCUAGGUGCACAUCGUGUGUUUUCUGUUGUACUUAUUCCAUCGUCAGUUUGUCCACGUCCUUCCUCUGGAAGUUCACUCUCAAAAAGAAAUUCUAUUCAGAGAACACUGUCCAGAACUGUUUCAGUGUUUUCUUCUUCAGCUGCUUUAUUUGACAAAUUGGGUAGGCAGCAAACAUCGACACAAGAAAGUAUGGAUAGGAGUGGAAGUAUCAAUAACCAACAAUCCAUGCUGAAUCGGUUGACGUCAAGCUAUAGUAGAGCAUAUAGUGUUAAACCAGGGACUAGUGAAAUGGCUAAUGUGGAAAGACUACCGCAGGAGGAGGGGCUUUCUCUUAAGCUAAGGACAAGACAAAUUAGCAUACUGCUUUCUUCCAUAUGGGUGCAGGCCAUUUCUCCUUCAAAUACUCCUGAGCAUUAUGAAGCAAUUGCUCAUACUUACAGCUUGGUGAUGCUGUUUUCACAAACCAAGAAGUCCAGCCAUGAGAGUCUUAUUAGAAGCUUCCAGCUUUCUUUUUCACUAAGAAGCAUUUCACUUCACGGAGCAGGGAAACUGCCACCAUCAAGGCGCAGAUCACUAUUUACAUUGUCAACGUCUAUGAUUAUUUUCUUGGGGAAGGCCUUCAACUUUAUCCCUCUUGUUGUCUCUGCUAAGGCUGCAUUGACAGAUAGAACAACAAUCGAUCCGUUUCUUCGGUUGGUAGAGGAUUGCCAACUCAAAGCUGUAACCAGUAACUCAGACUGUAUGAUGAGCCUUUAUGGAUCAGAGGAGGAUGAUGCCGCUGCUUUGAAGUUACUUUCAGAGAUAGAGAUAACAAAGAAACAUUCGACAGAAUCUUUUGCUUCAAUGAUUGUGGAAAGCUUGAAGAAGUCAUUAACUGAUAAGACUAAUCUCAUAAAAGAGCAGUUACUUCAAGAUUUUCUUCCCGAUGAUGUUUGUCCAUUGGGAGCUCAAGCAAUUCCUGAAAUACGACGCCAUCCCAACCAACUUGAAUCAAAUGACAAAACGCAUGAUGAGGCACUAGACGAAAUAUUUCCUCUUGAUGCGCUUGAGAUUCAUAUAGAUGCAAACGCACAACUCGCAUCACAAACUCCUAGCCUCUUGGAUGUCAAUCAGUUCCUAGAUUCAGUCCUAGAAACAACAAAUAAUUUAGGAACAGCCCCUUCGGCAUCUGGGUUGACAUACAAGGACGUGGCAAGCCAGUGCGAGGCCCUUCAAGAGGGAAAGGAAAAAAUGAUGCAUUUUGUGAAUUCGUCGCCAAAGAUUAAUGAAAGUUCUGCAGCCUUCAAUGGACAAGAAGAGUUCAACAACUUCAAUACUUACCCUUCUUACACUUGUGCCGCCAACGAUAGUUCCCCGCCAGCAUGGCAGCCAAGUGGGAAUCCAUUUGUCGACAGUAUAUCUAGUGUUCCUAUGUCAUGUGCAACCGAAUAUCAUCAGUGUCAUUCCAACUUCUUUGUACUGCCAACUUCAAGCCCAUAUGACAAUUUUCUGAAAGCUGCUGGAAGUUAGUUUGUAUUUUGAGCAUCACUUUUUUCCUAUAUAUAUAAUCCAUUUUUGUAAAUUAUUUCUCUUUCUCUCUCUCUCUUUUUUGGGUCAUGCUAGGAUGCCCCAAAUGGUUGCUAUCAGGGGUGCAUCCAUGUUUUGCACAAAUGAGACAGUUGAUAAUCAUCUGUGCGACAAAGAUGAGUGCAUUCCUGGCAACAACCAUUUGGAGGCACUCUAAUUUUUUUGCCAAUGAGGAUCCAAAAGUUUAAUCUGAUAUAGAAGCAUUCGUUCCUCGGCAAUAUGUAAAGCUUUUUUACAGUUUA